CCCUAAAAUUUUCGCAUUGUCGCGUCUCAACUUUCGAAUCUCAGAAACGUGAAAAAAAAAUCAUCUAGCAAAAAAUUACUACAUUUUAGGGUUUUCAAUAACCGAUAUUGGAUCUUCGAAUCUCUCAGUUUUCGAUUAGGGUUUCAUAAUUGUUAAUCGGAUUAAGUUCUUAAUCUGAUUAAAUCUUUGUAAAAGAAUCGACAUUGAUUUGAGAUUUUUAUAAAAAUAUGAAGCGAUCGAGGAAAUCGAACAGGGUUUCUUGGGCUCCAGGUGUUAAUCUUUGUCAGGUGAAGUUGUUUCUGAGAGAGGAUUGCCCUUCAAAAGUUGGUGGUGAACAUCAAGAUUCUCUUCAAGCAAAAACAUCAUGGGCAUUGCAUCCCAGUGGCAUGUGUGCCAAUGACCCUCCCCCUGGGUUUGAAGGUCAUUAUGCAGGUGGAUUGAAGUAUGAUCUAGCUAAGAUGCCUAGGAUCAAAUGGACAUGCCCUCCAAAAUUUGUCUUGAAUUUUAACUGGCACGUUGCUGCUGGUGAAGAGAGCAAGGAGGUAGUGGCUCAAAAACUGCGGGAAAUGAGAGUGCACGAAGCAGUUUAUCCUUGCCUUUCUGUUAUUCCUCCUAGUCCCUCCAUUUCCGUGGGUGUAGAACUUGAUUGUUAUGAUCAUAGCCAAAUUCCUCCUAUUCCUCUAACUCCAAUUGAAGAUGAGGAGGGUGCGGUGAUAUUAUCAGAUCUUGCUGCUCAAGCAAAAACUCCCUCUAACUCCAAGACACCAGUAUUGCUGAUGCCCCCGGGUCUGUCAAAACCUGGAACUCAGCAUAUGCAACAUUGCCCUAGUUCUGCUGCUGCAGCAACUGCAAGCUCUGAUGCAAUUGUAGCUGUUUCAGCGGCCUUAACUGCAAUUAUGAAAAGCAAAGAGCAGGGAAGUUUGAUCGACACUGGUUUGCUUGUUAAAAUCCUUAGUGAUCCAAAGAUGGUUGAUGAACUAAUUAAUAACCAUGGAUAUCUGAGUGCUGCUGCCAAUGGCAAUGUGGUAAGUGCACCUGUACGUACUUCAGAGCCAGAAACAGGAAUAACUUCUUCGCCCUGCCCAAAACCUGCUUCAAUUUCAUCACCAAUGCCAGCUGACAGAAACUCAAACCAUUUACCGAAAGAGUUCCAACCUACAAUAAGUAUUCCAGCUUCUAGGGCAGACAUCAUUUCCGUUUCUAUGCCUACGAGAGUAGAGUCGUCAGUUCCCGUAUCUGGUAGGGAGAUAAAUAUGAUUUCAGGACAUAAGGCAACAAAUGGUAAUAUUUACUCCACUUUGAACCAGGUACAAUCUGCUCUUAGUGUGAUGCCUGUUCAGCCUAACUCUGUUCAGAAAGUGCAGCCAGCUAUUGGUUCAACACGCAUGCGACUAAAUGCCGGUCCAGCUGUUGCUGCAAUGAAAGCAAACCCUGUGAAAGAUGCUAACUAUAUUAAGAACCUGAUUAGGGAACAUGGAAUAGAAAAGCAAGAGGCUAAAGGGCAUAAUAUCUCACAAACUGGAAGUCGUUUUAAUCACAUUCAAAACCUGAAACUGGCACAGAACUUAAAACCUAUGGCAUUGAAAACCAAGUUUAGAAAACCUUGCAUCUACUUUAACAGUUCAAAGGGUUGCCGUCAGGGGUCGAAUUGCCCUUACCUGCAUGAGAAAUCAUUUCAGUGCCAAACUGACAGAAUGUUGGAAGCUCCGAGCGCUAAGAGAAUGAAAAUAGGUUGGGAAGUUACAGGAAGGAUAUAGGUAAAAGUAGAUGGUUUUAUUUCAGUGGAGGGUUUUUUUUUUUGGUCAGUGUAAAUACACUCCUUUUCGUUUCAAGUUCUGUAUAGAGUUUUUCCUCGAGAGUAGUUACAUUCUCUUUGGUUGGACACUGAAGAGAGUUUGAGCAAGUUUGGGGGUCAAACAAUAGUUGAUUGUUUGGAAGUUGUCCAAAGAACUAAUAGCAAAUUUUCGGUUGCAAAGAAAUGGAAUGAAAUUUUAAAUACAAAAACUGCAUUCAAAACUUCUGUUAAUUGUUAGGAACAAAAACAGAGAGUCACUUCCAAGUUUUUACUAGCAUUUUCCUCUUGGGAAAUUUUU